AUGACCUGGAUAUCGAAUGCCAUCACAACUUUCGGUCUCGUGCUAGUAGCACAUGCUUGCUACUCAGCACAGGAGCACUCGGCAUUACAGUCGCUCCGGGCCACCAGCGCUUCCUUGUCAUCCACGCCAGCCUCCACGUCUCUACCCAUCGACAUCUCCAUCGAGACCAUAGUCGGGCUCUUCGUCACGGUGCUGGGGUUGGUCUCUGGGACGCCAAACCUGCGGCCGAUCCAGUGGCGCGUGUGGGCGGGCAAGGUCGAGCGCGAGGGCGAGCAGGGGUUCCUCAAGAGCAAUGGCGAGGUAGAGAAGGACUUUGUGGGCAAUCCGUUCCGUGUGUUGGAGACGAGGCCCGGAUUUGUGGAUAUCCGAACGCAGAGGAAGGAGUUCGCGGAGUGGGUGAGGGCUGGCGGCAAGCAAUGA